GAUGAAAAUAACCAAAUAUUUUAUUACAACACCGUUUCUGGCAAGAGCAUUUGGGAACAUCCUUUGGAUACACAUUAUAAGAUGCUGGUCAAAAAUGCUCGAGCAGUGAAAAACAAAGAUGCAUUAACCGGAAAGAAUGGUAUUGUCGAUCAUCCGUCCGGAAACACAACUCCAACGCGGAAACAAACCAGUAUUCGCGAGACUGAACCAAACAAUGCUCAAGCUCCCAGCGAAGAUCGCUCUUUCACUCUUCAAUUCGAUUCCGUCCAAAAAAGUUCCACCGAGCUUGCGGAUAAGACGUCUCACGCGGAGUGGCUAAGUGCUCCUUUACUAGGUGACAAAAUUGAAACUCCUCAACGAGCUGUCAUGAACUCCACUACGGAACAAACCGCCUCUGAAAGUGAUGCACCAACCGAAUAUCGGGAGCUGGUUCAUUCGAAGCAGUCGUCGGUUCAAAUGUCUCAGAAGCGCCACAGUCUGCUACAUGGAGGCACCGUUUCCUCUCACUCAACAUCAGUUCAGACGGACACAAACGGUGCGGCCACGGCUUCUUCUCAGCGUGAUUGGACCUUACAACAUUGUGCAAGCCUAACCGAGGCGGAUCGUCGAUUGACAUGGCUUCAAAAUAAACUACGACAGUCUUUGCUGGCUGACGAUAUCCUUCUAAAAAAUUCUCCAACUGUCAAAACUCAGCGUCAAUGUAGUGGAAGCAAACGUUCGACAUCCUUACUCUAUUCACCCAAACAAACUCCUGUAACGAUAAAGGAUACAAAUCCAACGAGCACCAAGCCAGUCCCUGUAUUGCCUCCUUUACCCCCUAACACGGAUGCACGACCUGUUUCAAAGACCCCAGAGGUGUCCGAACUUUGUGUUGGCUUGUCCAGUCCACCAAAUAAAGAGAACCCUCCUGAGACAUUACUCUCUGUCUACCCACAGGUCGGUGUUUCUCCAUCCGAUAGUAGACGGGAAGAAAAUGCCACAACACCAAACCUACCUCAAGCAGCAGAGAACGUUGUUUCUUCCUGUCUCUCCUGUGGCGAUGCAAACCUAAAGCCCCGAGUGCAAAUUGCACCAAAUACCAAUCGUUGCGAUGGUGCGUUGCUGGAAAGUGGUCAGCUAAAGCCCCAAUCAGUCACAUCUGAUGAAAUCAAGUUGGGAAUCAACGUCAGCCUAAAUCAUUUAGCUGAGGAACGGUCGCGAUUGCAACGGAAAAUACUACGUCUAAAAGUGAUCUAUAAAAGUUAUAAAGAACGCCUGGCCAGUUUGGACACUAGCCUCAUGUUGCUGCAACAGUCCUCGGCCACAACAACGAAUUAUUUUCUUCCUUCCAAAGUCAACGGAGUUACUCAGGCCUCAACUAUAAAAACACCUCUUUCGCGAACGAAUCAUUCCGCACUCGAUGAUGGAUCUGUAUCGUCCGAAAGCUCAAGUACUUGUCGAACUCCGGUGUUACAUGCCAAACCAGAGAUAAUCGAUAUACAAGAACAUCCCGAUCCGUUCGCUGACUACAGACCACGACGUUCUUUAUCGGCACCACGUCACACUCCUGCAUCGGUUCGGCGUCACCAGCCGUCCCGAUUUUUGUCCGGGUCGCCUGCAUUGAGGCGCUCGGUUUCCCAGGAACUGGCAGCUUCUUUAGCCUCGAUCGACUCGCAGCUUCAUCGGGUGCUUUGUCAGCUUGAUCCGAACAGCCCCAAUUGUCCUCAUAAUGUGUAUGAUGAUGAUGAUGAAAACGAAAACAAUGACCCAUUGCUAUUGAGCGACCACAAAAGAACGCCAGCUCAAUGUCAUAGACAUCACAAACCUGUUGUCUCUUUCUCAACGCGGUUCCUUCAACACGGGCUAGCGAAUCUGUCGCUCAGCGACCACUGCAGCAGGACAUCUGCAUUGGGCGAUCUGCAUAUACUGACCCCGGUAUCACCAGAUGAAAUGCAGAACCGGUCGUUUCAAAAGCCCCGGGUCAACGCGAGCCCAACAUGUUUGCAAUCGGACUGA